CUUCUUUUCAAAAUUAUUUUUUUAAGUUAUUCAGUUUUGUGCGUAUGCGUAUUCUAGAAAAGUGUUGUGUGUAUGGGAAAGCUCGUGAAAAAAGGAGUAUAUUAUUAAGAGAUGCAAGCCGAACCCUCAUACAAGUGUAUUAAAAGUCAACCUAGCGCAGAUUCGUGUUUGAUUCUUUUUUCUUUUAUACCAGACAUAUUAUAAAAGUUUAUCCGAAGUACAUGCAUCUCAAUUUCGUGUUUGAGGUUAACAUAAGAUAUAUACACUUAAUUAAAUGCCCGGUCUUUGUCGCCCCUGAGAAAAUGGUACACACGACACGAUUGAAUGACAGGAUAAAUCUGGGAUAUGAAGCAGUAUAAUAAGAGUUCCUACAUGGCUAGCUGCCGCAAUCGUGGAUCAUUUCCACUCCCAGCUCCCCUCCUUUUGACUCCCUCUAGUACACCAAACACCAUUUCUCACAAGCUUAACUGCCCAAGUAGUACUAGCGCCUCACCCAAGCAGAAGCGGUCGAUAUGGCCGUGUCGUCGCACUCCGUCGCUGUGGCGGUCACCGACGCCGGUGCCAACGACGACGCGGACCGAGCCCGGCUGCACCAGAUGGGCUACAAGCAGGAGCUCAAGCGCGGGCUCAGCGUGGUCUCCAACUUCGCCUUCUCCUUCUCCAUCAUCUCCGUGCUCACCGGCGUCACGUCCACGUACAACACAGGGCUGCGCUACGGCGGCCCGUCGUCCAUGACGCUGGGGUGGCUGGUGGUGGCGGCGUUCAACGGCUGCGUCGCCCUGUCCAUGGCGGAGAUCUGCUCGGCCUACCCGACCUCCGGUGGGCUCUACUAUUGGAGCGCCAAGCUCGCCGGCAAGAAGUGGGCGUCCCUUGCCUCCUGGGUCACCGGCUGGUUCAACAUCGUGGGACAGUGGGCGACGGCCACCAGCGUGGACUUCUCGCUGGCCCAGCUCAUCCAGGUGAUCAUCUUGCUGGCCACCGGCGGCACCAACGGCGGCGGCUACGUCGCGUCUAAGUACGUCGUCUUGGCCAUCUACGGCUUCAUCCUCAUCCUGCAUGGCCUCAUCAACAGCCUCCCCAUCCACUGGCUCUCCUGGUUUGGGCAGCUCGGCGCGUUCUGGAACGCUGCAGGUGUGUUUGUGCUGGUGAUCUUGAUUCCGUCUGUUGCCAAGGAGCGGUCGAGUGCCGACUUCAUCUUCACGCACCUCAACACGGACAAUGGCAUGGGCAUCCAUAACAAGGCUUACAUUCUAGGGGUGGGGCUGUUGAUGAGCAACUACUGCAUGAUCGGCUACGAUACAUCUGCUCAUAUGACAGAAGAAACGAAGAAUGCCGAUAGGAGCGGUCCGAUUGGGAUUGUCACUUCGGUCGUUCUCUCAAACAUCUUUGGGUGGAUUUACCUGGUGACCUUGACUUCAGUUGUGACAGACAUCCCGUACCUGCUAAGUGCCGAUAAUGAUGCUGGCGGCUAUGCCAUCGCUCAGGCUCUCUACACCAUAUUCAACCAGAGGUACGGCAGUGGUGUUGGUGGGCUUGUGUGCCUCGGCGUCAUUGCUGUCGCCAUGUUCCUCUGCGGUGUUGCGUGCAUCACGAGCAAUUCAAGGAUGGGGUAUGCCUUCUCAAGGGACGGAGCCAUGCCGUACUCGCACCUUUGGCACCGGGUGAACAAGCACGAGGUGCCGUUGAACAUUGUCUGGCUGUCCGUGCUUGUGGCCUUCGCCAUGGCUCUCACGUCACUGGGGAGCCAGGUGGCCUUCCAGGCGAUGGUGUCCAUUGCGACUCUAGGGUUGUACAUCUCCUAUGCGUUGCCCAUCUUCUUUCGGGUGACGACCGCCCGAAAGUCAUUCGUCCGAGGGCCGUUUCACCUCGGCAGGUACGGUGUGAUCAUCGGCUGGGCCGCCGUGCUGUGGGUGGCCUUCAUCACCGUGCUAUUCUCGCUGCCGGUGGCAUACCCUGUGGGAAAGGACGUCUUCAACUACACGCCAGUUGCCGUCGGCGGGGUGUUGUUGCUCAGUGUUGGCUCUUGGGUGUUCCAUGCUCGGUUCUGGUUCAAGGGACCCAUCGUGAACGUUGACACAUACUAGAAUUAUGAGCCUUGUAAACUUAAUUAGUUUAAUGGCUGCUUGAUGUUUAUGCACGAA